AUGACGCAUGCCGUGCUGAACCGGUCCUACAAGUCGCCGCUGCGAGGAGCAGCAUGCCUGCUGGCGCUGCUGAUCGGGGCCGCGGUGCGGCCGGCGUCGGCCGUCAUCAUCAGCCCCGUGAGACAGUGCAUCGACAAGGGCGGCCGCAGCGUCGCCGAAGGCGACUGCGAGUGGCGUUCGCACACCAACAUCGACGUGAAGGGUGGAGAGGAAACAGCGAGCUACGUGCUCAGGCGCAAGGACAAGCCCAACAGCGGGCUCUACAUACACAUCCAAACGUCGUUAACCACUCUGUCGUACGAGCUGGAGUACAUCAUGGACGUGCCGUCCCAGUACCGGGAGCACAACCGCAGCGUGGACUACUCGGCGAUGACGGGCGGCUGCAACAACUGCGAUGCGCUUGAGCUGGAGAUUUGCUCCAAGCCCGACGCCCUGCCGCCGAGCAUACAGGAGAGCUUCAACAACAAGGCGUGCUGCGUGUGUGGUGUCAACGUCACGGACUACUCCCCCCGCGCCGACUUCUCCUGCACCGGCUUCGGGGCCGCCUUCAUGCACGGCAAGUGCGUGUCCAUGAGCUGCCUCGAGGUCGUCGGGCCGUGGUACUCCAUUUUCAAGCCCGCCUACCCGCCGACCAUACACCGGAGGGUGUUCGUCGACGUGUACGCCUUCGACGGAGACGCCGGCGUGGUGCCAGACGUUGCGAAGAAUGGGUACUACACGAGCGACGACGCGGACGAAACGCGUUACCUCAAGGAAGCCGUCUACAAGGACAAGCACCUCAAGGCCACCCUCUCCGCCGAGAAGCAAGCGGUCAAGAACGAGGAGCUCGAUGUCACGCUGACGAUCAUCACGCAGCAGUGGCUCGACGGUAACGCGCCGCAGAAGAUGGACAAGUUCGUCGCCGUGCCUUCGUGGCCGGAGACCGACAAGACCGUGCAGGGGAGCUCGAGGAAGUACAAUUGCGACCAGGAGGGCCGGGACCCGCACGAAUGCGAGCACGACGACGUCCGCUGCCGCAUGGAGAAGUGCGCCCUGAACGUGCGCACCAUCGAGUCGGACGCCAUCGACACCACGGGCACGCAGUGCGACAAGAUCGGCGUGUCGAUGGGCACGUGGGGCAACGAGGGCAGGCUGUGCAACACCGCGCCGAACAGCUGCAUCCAGAACCAGCUGGGCUGGUACCUCAGCGAGCGAAAGGAACGGGCGCUGCUGCCGAAGCUGUACGGCGUCCAGCCGAUGCUGGCGCGAAGGGAGGUGCGCAAAUCGAAGCAGGCGGCCGCCAUGGAGGAGCCGGAGGACUUGGCCGAGGAAUCCCGCAGCCCCACGGCCAAGAGCGCUUGGAGGGGCCCCGCGACUUACGGCGCUGAAGACGAAGGUGAGGAAGACGAAGACGAAGACGAAGACCAAGAACCCGACGAGUGGCACGACGACACCUACGUGCACGCCGUCGCGUACUCCAUAGCGAAGGCGGACACGUCGCGAAUCGAAAUCAACACCUUCGACGCCACCGUCACCCAGAUCAUCGCGGAGGCGGUGGGGUUCAUCGUGAGCGCCACCAUGGACGGGCCGUGCAAGGUGGCGAGCCACGAGGCGUGCACGAUGAAGAUCGUGACCAAGAACGCCGGGAAGAUACGCGCCAAGUUCAGCCACCGCAUCCAGUGCUACGAGGCCGAGAAGCCUCACACGAGCCCCGCGGCCUCUUCGGAGGAGCAGAGCGUGCAGGUGGAGCCGAACAGCACGACGUCGUCGGUGGUGCCGAUCAAGAUCCUCUCCGGCGAGGGCUCGGACAAGCUGGAGUGCGAGGUGCAGUUGUACUCAUCGACGGUCAGCCUGCUCGAAACGUUCGUGGUCAAGGCGUCGCUCGCCACGCCCACCAUCACCGUGGGCCCGGACGUCCGCUCGUUCGACAAAUUCACCGACACGUCCAAGGAGGACCACGCGCUGAAGAUCGGUGCCAUGCUGUCGGACAACAUGUGCACCUGCAACGCGGGCGAGGUGGGCUGCUUCUUCCGCAAUUUCGGAAAGUGCAUGAGACACGCCUUCAACAAGUACUACACUUGGUUCGUGCUGGGCAUCACGGGGCUCAGCUUCCUCGCGCUGCUGCCGGUGUUCAUCCCGCUGGCGCGCGUGGUCUUCGGCAAGAUCUCGGAGGGCCGCGCCCGCGCCAGGAUCCGGCGUGAGGCCGCGCAGGAGAUCGAGCGGAUCCGGCGCGAGUUCCAUCACGACGAGGAGAGGUACGGCCGGCCGGAGUUCAGGUCGCGCCAUAGCGACGAGGUGUAG